AAUGAUACUGCUAUCGGUCUUCUUAAGUUCCUUGCUAUGGAGUGGAGUGUUUCUGGACACAACUGUCACCAUCUACAACGAGUGGCUCUCCCAGGGUGGACGGGUCCAUUAUGAAUCUGACAGAUGGACCAAACAUAAUGGGCUCGACCGAUCGAACCUUAUUCCAUACUGUAAAGCUAUUGGGACCCCGACAGGACGCUGGUUGAACAGAGAUCUCAACGACCAUCUCUUUGCAAAUUGGCACCAGGACCCAAACCGCCAUGGCUAUCCCGACCCCCACUAUCUACAAAACCAUGCCCUCCAAUCAAAGAUGUUCAGUUACUAUAUGGAACAAGUACACGGAUAUGGAACUGAAAUUAACAACAUCGUUUGGGAACUAAAAGAUUUGAGCUGGCCUGACUGGAUGGAUAAGUCUCAUCAUGAAGGGAAAUUCCCCAACAACCUAGAUGCUGCCAGCGAAUUUGUGUCACUGAUGGUCCAAAGUGCUAAAGACUACACCGGAGGUCACAUACCUCACAUAUUUGAAGUCAUCAAUGAACCAGAGGUAGCAAACUUCAUUGGCCUGCAAACAAUUAUUGAUUUCCACAAGGUUGUUGCUCAGAAGCUAAAGUCCAGGUUUGGAAUGCAAGUGGGAGGACCAACAUACACAAGUUAUAGCAUAAUUAAAUCAGAUCUUUACAACUUUGGUAUGUGGAAGAAAACAGCAAAGUUUCUGGACAUGUCCCUUGAUCAUUUGGAUUUUUUCUCUUUCCAUGCCUACAACGAUCUGUAUGUCUCUGGUGGGAAUUUUCGCUUCACUGGUAUCAACGAAGCUCGUCUGGUUGCUGGUGUAGACAUGAUUGAAAAUUACUCUCAUCUUAAAAAAGGAAAAGAAGUUCCUUUAGUUAUCAGUGAAUAUGGAAGAGGUGGCGUGACUGGACUAGACCUGUAUCGUCACAACAGUAUCAUAGACUUUGCGACUACUUACCUACCAAGUGGUUUGAUGUUUACUUUCCUCAACCUGAGGGAGUUUAUGGACAGAACCGUAAUCUUUAUGCUCUCGAAUGAGCAAUAUGGGACCCAAACUAGCCUUAACUGGUCUAUAUUUACCAAAGAUGGACACGAAACUCCAAUGGCAAAAUUCUUCAAAUUUUGGCACAGCUUCUAUUAUGAUCAGAAGUUCCUCAAGGUCACAAGCCAGUUCACAGGAGGGGAAAGACAUGUGUCACCAUUAGCCUUGGCUAACCCUCACAACAAAGAGUUGGUGGUUCUUCUGCACAACUAUGGCACUGCCUGGCAGAAUGUGAAGCUGGACUUCCACGGUGGAUGGAUUAACCCUACAACUGGUGAAUCAACAUGUAUCCAGUACCAAAACGGUAACACACAAAUACAUUCCAAUGUCCACUUUGACACAACAAAGUACAAUGGGAAUCUUGGUCUCCCAGGACAGGCAACGUGUUUCUACAAGUUUAAAACAACCUACAACUUUGAUGGUGUACGAACAAAUAAUGAAAACACAUACUAUGGCAAAGACAUGAUCAUUCCUAUCAAUAAUGGACAUGCACAGACAACCAUCCAUUUGCCAAGCUCGGACUACCAUACAUCACAUCUUAGAGUAGGCGUUAGCCGUGACAAAGACGCCAAUGGAAAACCACAUACUGUUGUCUUCAAUGGAUACACCCUACCUUCAACCUACACAUUGUUCGACUCUGACAAAGUCCAGGCAUCUACCAAAUGGGAGGUGUGGGAGUACUGGGUACCAAAUGAUCGCGUCCAAUCAACUAAUACCAUCAGCAUGACCUUUGAUGGAAAUGGCGGUCACGUGUCGUCAGUAGCGCUGGUUGUAGGAAAACUUCAAUAAAUGAUAAUGUUUCA